ACCUUCACCAGAGAGAGCACAGAUAACAAUGGCGGCUGGUAGUGAUAAAGAAGCAGUUGUAAGCAACAAACAGGUGAUAUUCAAGGAUUACGUUACUGGGUUUCCGAGGGAAUCAGACAUGGCGAUCAUCACUACCGGGAAUCAAAAACUGAGAGUGGCGCCUGGUUCCAAAGACAUUGUCGUGAAGAAUCUUUACUUAUCAUGUGAUCCUUAUAUGCGGCUCUUAAUGAAAUCCAGUUCUGGGAUUUUCAGUCCCUAUACCCCUGGCUCUCCAAUAACUGGGUUCGGAGUGGGUAAAGUAAUGGAUUCAGGUAAUCCAGAGUUCAGAGCAGGCGACUUGGUAUGGGGCAUAACAGGUUGGGAACAGUAUUCUCUGCUGAAACUAGACAGAUUACUCUUCAAAAUUCAACACACUGAUGUACCCCUUUCAUACUAUACUGGAAUUCUUGGUAUGCCUGGUGUGACUGCUUAUGCCGGCUUCUAUGAGGUUUGUAGUCCGAAGAAAGGGGAAUAUGUGUUUGUAUCGGCUGCAUCCGGUGCUGUUGGACAGUUUGUUGGCCAAUUUGCAAAGCUCAUGGGUUGCUAUGUUGUUGGCAGUGCAGGGACUCAAGAAAAGGUUGAAUUGUUGAAGAACAAAUUUGGGUUUGACGAUGCUUUCAAUUAUAAGGAAGAACCUGGUCUUAAUGCAGCUUUGAAAAGGUGUUUUCCCCAAGGCAUUGAUAUAUACUUUGAAAACGUUGGGGGCAAAAUGCUCGAUGCCGUGCUUCUCAACAUGAGAAUCCAUGGCCGCAUCGCUGUGUGCGGGUUGAUAUCGCAAUAUAAUCUUGCUCAACCGGAAGGGGUACAUAAUCUAAUGGAGAUCCUCUACAAGAAAGUCAAAGUCCAAGGUUUUGCAGCAUCCGAGUACUAUCCGCAGUAUUCGAAGUUCUUGGACUUUAUAUUGCCUUGCAUAAGAGAAGGGAAGAUUAAGUAUGUGGAAGACAUUGUUGAAGGCUUGGAGAACGGACCUGCUGCUUUGAUAGGUCUGUUUAGUGGUCGCAAUGUGGGCAAACAGGUUGUUGUUGUUUCUCCAGAGUGA